AUGGCCCUAUCAAUGACUUCCCUGGUGGCCGUUGCCAUCGUGGCGCUGGUGGUAUACAAGGGUGUUAUCUAUCCUGCCUUUAUCUCGCCACUGGCCAAGAUUCCGAAUGCACAUUGGAGCGUGCCCGUUUCUCCGGUUUGGAUGUUAUGGAGGCGUUUUCGGAUGCAGAAUAAUCGCACUAUUCAGGCUGCGCAUGAAAGACUCGGUCCUAUUGUGAGAUUGGGGCCUUCUGAGAUUUCGGUUAACUGUGUGGAUGGUGGGAUUAAGUCAGUUUAUACGGGUGGGUUUGAGAAACAUGAGUGGUAUCCUCGGGUUUUUGGAUCGCUUGGUACUGUAAGCAUGUUCACCAUGGUUGGAAGCAAGACUCAUUCUAUUCGAAAGAGGAUGUUGUCCAAUAUCUACUCCAAGUCAACGUUGCAGACGUCACCCAAUCUCCGAUUGGUCUCCAAAGCGGUUAUCCUCGACCGUCUGCUCCCUAUCUUGCAAGAGGCUGCGGAUUCGCAGAAGCCCCUUGACGUACACGACCUGAACCAAGGGUUGACCAUGGACUUUGUCUCUUGCUACCUCUUCGGUCUCCAGAAUGGCACGAAUCAUCUCCAAGACCAUUCAUUCAGGAAGCACUGGCUCCAUAUGUACCUGUGCCGGAAACCAUUCGAGUUCUACCACCAGGAAAUGCCGUAUUUGAAUGGGUGGAUGAAAUGCUUGGGUCUUCGCGUUAUUCCCAAAUACUGCGAUGUAGCCAAUGACAUGCUAGACGCCUGGGCUCUUGACCUCUGCGGCAAAGCAGAGCAAUCAGUGAAUUCGACCGAUCCAUCUGUCGAACCUAUUGUCUACAAGCAAUUGAAGCAGAGUCUGGAUAAGCAAGCUGCUAAGGAAGGCGUCAAGCCUGAUCGUGCCGAGCAAUUAAACGAUAUCGCAUGCGAAAUGUACGAUCAACUCACCGCGGGCUUUGAAACCAGCGCCGUGGGAUUGACAUAUCUCCUCUGGCAACUAUCCCGACACCCAGAUAUCCAAGAACAACUUCGCGAGGAACUGUCCACCCUUGACCCUCCAAUCGCCUUCCCCAGGUCAUCGGAAUUGCCUUCGGCAAAGUCUAUUGAUAAUCUACCCCUGCUGGAAGCUAUCGUCACGGAAACACUCCGUCUCCACGCUCCAAUUCCCGGCAUUCAACCUCGAGUCACGCCCGAACCUUCGUGCAGUUUGGUUGGAUAUGAUAAUAUCCCUGCAGGAAUUCGAGUCAAUGCACAAGCUUACUCGCUGCAUCGUAACCCGCAGGUGUUCCCAGACCCGGAGUCUUGGCAACCGAAGCGCUGGCUUAAGGAAGAGAACGAUCUGGAAGAGCUGGAAGAGCGGCGUCGUUGGUUCUGGGCCUUUGGAAGUGGAGGGCGGAUGUGUGUGGGAAGUAAUCUCGCACUGCAAGAAACGAAACUCGUUGCUGCGGCUAUUUACUCCAAUUUCCGCACCACCAUCGUUAACGAUGAUGAUAUCGAUGCUAUCGAUGCUUACACCGUUCACCCCCGAGGAGAGAAACUGAUUCUAAAGUUUGAGAAAGUCUAG